AUUUACUCAAAAUUUAAUUGAAGAUUUAAUAUUUUCAAAAGGAACCAUGGUGGAAGGCUUCUAUUUAUACUAGCCAAUCAGUUAUUGUGGGAUCAAAAAAAAUUGCCACCUCAAAAAUGGAGUACGGAUUGAAUGCCAUAACGCUUUCCUCGCUGCUGCUCUUUCUUUUAACACUUGAGUCGAGCUUCAUAACUCUUUCGCAAUCUAAAUCAAUCGUCAAAACCCUUCCUGGAUAUCCUGGUCAACUUCCAUUCAAGCUCGAAACGGGUUAUGUGGGAAUAGGAGAGAAGGAAGAAGCACAGUUUUUCUACUACUUUGUUGAAUCAGAACGAAAUCCAGAAGAAGACCCGCUGAUAUUUUAUCUUACCGGAGGUCCUGGUUGUUCUGCUGUCAUUACGUUCUUCUAUCAAAUCGGUCCACUUAGUUUUAACUUUGAGAACGCUCCUGAAAACAUCACAUUAUCAUUAAAUCCAAACUCGUGGACAAAGAUGGCGAAUGUCAUAUUCGUUGAUAUGCCUGCUGGCACUGGAUUCUCGUAUGCCACAUCUAAAGAAGGAUGGAUUAGUAGCGAUAGCAUUGUGGUCAAACAAUCUAUUGAUUUUCUUAGAAAGUUUCUUAUCGAUCAUCCUAAAUUUUCAAAAAAUCCACUAUACAUAUCGGGCAUUUCUUAUAUGGGCAUUGUCACACCUAUCGUUACUUUGGAAGCGUACAAUGCUAACGAACGUGGUGAUCAACCUCCAAUGAAUAUUCAAGGUUACAUUCUUUGCAGUCCUCUUACUAACAAGUUCAUGGACUUUAAUUCUAGAGUUGAAUAUAGUCAUCGUAUGGCACUUAUAUCCGAUGACAUUUAUAAGGAUGCAAUAGAAAAUUGUCAUGGUAAUUACGUAAACAAAAAUGUUGCCAAUUCGGUAUGCGUAAAUAGUCUUAAAAGAUACGAAGAGUGCACAAGUGGGUUAAAUAUUGAAGAUAUCUUGGAGCCACUUUGUAAUAAAUCAGAUCUAAAGCCAUAUUGUCGAGAGUACUAUUAUGAUUUUGCAGCGGAUUGGGCAAAUGAUGAAGCUGUGCAACAAGCUCUCAACAUUCGACAGGAAACGAUUGGAAAAUGGGAGUUCUUCAACACAACAAUGCAUUACACUGAAGGAAAAAAUGACACAUUUUGUUAUGCUUAUGAUAUCUUUAGUAGUUUUGAAUACCAUAAGAAACUUGUUAGAAAAAAUUGUCGAGCUUUGAUCUUUAGCGGUGAUCAUGACAUGACAUUUCCAUAUGUUGGAAUCGAGCAAUGGAUAGUUGCUCUUAAUCUUAAAGUCGUGAUCCCAUGGAAGCCAUUCUAUGUAAACAAUCAAGUCGGAGGAUAUGAAAUGACAUAUGCGCAAAAUGAUUUCUCAUUAACAUUUGCUACAGUCAAAGGUGCGGGUCAUUCUGUGGCACAAUACAAGCCAAAAGAAGCAAUGGUUCUAACUGAGAGGUGGCUUGCUUUAAAAAGUUACUUAGGUGAUAUGUAGCAAUGAUUUAAGUUUAUGAUCAACGUUUGUGAAAGUUUGAUUUUAAUCUAUUUUGAUGUUGUAAUCGAGAGAGAAUGAUUCAUUGAUGUUGAAUAAUGAGUUGAUUUUCAUCUCUUUUGAUGUUAUAAUCAAAAGAGAAGGAUUCAUUGAUGUUGAAUAAUGACGAGUUGGUUUAAAAUAAGAUGGCAUUUAUUGG